AUGGGUGAGGAUAUUACUGAAUUGCUUGUCUCACUCAACAGCAAUGUAAAAGUGUUGAGAAGGGUACGAAGGCAAGUGGAACGAGGAACGAAAAAAGGAGAGGAUCCCAAUGUUUCAGAAGAAUGGGCUUCCAGAAUUCACAACUGUGAGGAUAUUUUGGGGAGGAUACAGAACGGUGUCCCUAUACCGACAGCACUGCGCGGAGACUACGACGCUUUAGUGGCCGAAUUCCACGCACUCGAAAAUAGGGGACUCGCUGUAGACAAGAAUAGCCACAGCGACGACCCUCAGGGGUUGUUGCCGGAGGCAACAACACCCUUGCUGCUGAAACAACAGCAACCACAACUGGCCCCUCAACAAGAGGUCGAGUACCAGUCUAUAUUGCAAGCGGAAAGACACGACAGGGUCGCAUCGCUGCAACACGCGACCACAGAGGUGAACACGAUCUUCAAAGAGCUGUUCCACCUCGUGAAGCAACAGGGCGCGCAGGUGGACUCCGUCGCCCAGAACAUUGACUCGGCCGCGGGCAUCGCUGCAGACGCCUCCCGCGACCUGCGCCGCGCCGCCGAGAGACAGCGCGCGAGCAGCCGGUGCUGCUCCACUGCUCUGAUCGCGGGCUGCCUCGCGCUGCUGAUUGUCCUCGUUGCGGUGUCGUAA